GGGGAAGGCCGGCGACAGCCGCAGCCCCGCCAGGUGGGCGUCCUCGCUGGCCGACUGCCCGCUGGUGCUGCGGCGGCUGCUGCGCGGGGAGGACGCGCGGGCCGGCUGCAAGUGCGUGCUGAAGGCGCCCCUGGUCUCCGACGUGGAGCUGGAGCGCUUCCUGUCGGCGCCGCGGGAGCCCAGCCAGGUGCUGGUGUUCGGCGUCGUCUCCAGCCGGAGCCCCCGCCACAGCGCGCAGCUGCAGUGGCUGCUGGACUCGCUCUACGGCCGCCGGCAGCAGGGCCGCGCCUCGCCCUGCAUCCAGCUGGGACGCCGCGUGCUCCCGGUCCCCCGGGUGAUCGGAGGCGGCUGGGACCAGGAGGUGACACCUGGGCUGCAUCAACGGAUGCGCAGGACCCAGAAAGGAGGAGGGGGGACCAGCCGCUACCUCGAGGCUGCCUACACAGAGCCCUACAAGGUGUGCCCCGUGUCGGUGGCGGCCCCGAAAGAGGACCUCACGUCGGACGAAGAGCAGAGGAGCUCGGAGGAGGAGGAGGAGGAGGAGGACGGAGUCCCGAGAGACCCCAGCCUCGCCCACAAGGCGGAAGGACCGUCGCGAGCCCUCCUUGUCGCCCAGGAGCUGCUGUCUUCGGAGAGAGCGUACGUGGAGACGCUGCGCCACCUGCAUCUGGUGAGUCCCCCGUCUCGGUCGUGCAGAACCAGCCGCCCGGUUGGCGCGGCGGUGACGUCGCAGGCAGGACCCCGGCGGGAGGGCGUCCGCGCGCGCCCCGUGAAGCGGGUUGCCUACACAGAGCCCUACAAGGUGUGCCCCGUGUCGGUGGCGGCCCCGAAAGAGGACCUCACGUCGGACGAAGAGCAGAGGAGCUCGGAGGAGGAGGAGGAGGAGGAGGACGGAGUCCCGAGAGACCCCAGCCUCGCCCACAAGGGCUCACGGGUGACGGCGUGGGCGCCCCGGUCCUCUGGGCCGUCUCCUCUGAUGGCGGCGGGCGCCCACGCCGGUGGCGGGAGGGACGUCGGCGACCCGGCUCUCGUUGCGCCCACAGACUACCUGAACAACCUCUGCCCGGACUCGGCCGAGUACGACAGCACCCAGGGUGCGCUGACCCUCAUCUCCAAAGUCACGGACCGGGCCAACGACAGCAUGGAGCAGGCGGAAAACCUGCAGAGGCUGGUCCACAUCGAGCACAGCGUCCGGGGCCAGGGGGACCUCCUGCAGCCAGGAAGGGAGUUUCUCAAGGAAGGGACGCUGAUGAAAGUGACAGGAGGGAACAGACGCCCCCGGCACCUGUUUCUGAUGAGCGACGUGCUCCUGUACACGUACCCACAGAAGGACGGCAAGUACCGGCUCAAGAGCUCGUUGCCCGUGGCCAGCAUGAAGGUGAGCCGCCCCGCGCUGGAGACGGUGCCCUUCGCCCUGAGGAUCGAGACGCCCGAGUCCUGCCUGACGCUGUCCGCCAGCUGCUGCGCGGAGAGGAACGAGUGGCUCGGCUGCCUGAGCAGGGCGCUGCCCGAGGACCCCAAGGCGCAGGCGCUGGCCGCGUUGCAGCACGGCCUGGAGGUGCGGGAGAGGCUGGGGGUCGGCCUGGGCGAGCGGCCCCCCACGCUGGUGCCCGUGACGCACGUCGUGAUGUGCAUGAACUGCGGCUGCGACUUCUCCCUGACGCUGCGGCGCCACCACUGCCACGCGUGCGGCAAGAUCGUGUGCCGGAACUGCUCGAGGAACCGGUUCCCGCUGCGCUACCUGAAGGACCGGCUGGCCAAGGUCUGCGACGGCUGCUUCGCGGAGCUGCGCAAGCGCGGGGGGGCCCCGCCCGGCCUGGCGAGAGAGCGGCCCGUGAGCAUGAGCUUCCCGCUGUCCGCACCCCGCUUCCCGGGGAGCGCCUUCUCCUCCGUCCUCCACAGCAUCAACCCCGCGACCUUCAGGAAGCAGAAGAAAGUCCCCUCGGCGCUGAGCGAGACCGUCAAGAACGGCAGGGUGGGCGGCGUCUGCGUGGCUGGCUGCCCUCGCGCCCUCGUGCCCCGUACUUGGGACGGGACGGACAAAGUGGCCGCGGAGAGCCUGCCCCUGCUGGGCUUCACCAUCGCGCCGGAGAGGGAGGCGGGCGGCGGCGGAGCAGGCCUGACCUUCCACCUUUACCACAAGAAAACCCUGUUCUACAGCUUCAAGGCGGAGGACGCCCGUUCGGCUCAGAGGUGGAUGGAGGCCAUGGAGGAGGCCAGCGUGCUAUAG